ACCAAGAAAUCAGCCCCACCCCCAUGCUUGAACCAGGCUCUUUCCACAGUCAGGGUCAUUUAAUGGAGGACUUUGACAUGGAUGUAGAGGAAGAGGGCUACAGGAAGAAGGUCACAGGGCAGUGGUGCGAGUGCAACAAAGAUGCAUGUGAGGAGAUGGAGGAAGGAAGAAGAGAAAAGGGCAGAGGCAGGAUGGUUAACAGUCUGAGCUGGGCUGAGGAGCUGCAGGACAUUCUCAUUCCUGUGGCUGAGGCUAACUGUCAAAGGAGAACAAGCAGAUCAUUAAACAUUACUGCCCAGAGGAAUGACAGAGAGUCCAUCAGGCAGAAGCUAGCCUUUGGCAGUUUCUAUGACGACGAGGAGCCAGCCAUCUACACCAGCUGCAGCAAGAAUGGCAUUUCCUCCCGGCCUCAAAGUGGUGUGAAUCUGCAGGUGUGUUUUGUGAAUGACAGCAACAGUGACAAGGACAGCGAUGCAGAGGACAGCAGGACAGAGACCAGCCUGGACACGCCGCUGUCACCUUUGAGCAAGCAGAGUUCAUCCCUGUCGGACCGGGACACGGGAGAGGAGGACUCAGACCCCCUGGAGGAUUGUGGCUUCUGGCGGGUGCAGCGGAGGCUCCAAGAGGAGGCACGGGUGGCCCUGGCGUUGGCUCGCCCUAUGGCCCGCAUGCAGGUAGAGGUGGAGAGACAGAUCCAGAUCCACCGCCGCUCGCCUGUCGCCGACCUGCUGCCCCACCUGCCCCAUAUCAGCGAGGGUCUGAUGAAGAGGAGUCUGAGGAGGGGAGACAUGAGGGACAUGAGCCUGGGCCAGCUUCAGGUCAUCACCAACGACCUGUACUCGCAGAUACAGAGCCUGAAUGAGGAGCUGGUGCAGCUGCUGCUAAUGAGAGAUGAGCUCCAUGUGGAGCAGGACGCCAUGCUGGUUGACAUAGAGGACCUGACCAGGCAUUCUCAGAGCCUCCAGAGACACAUGGCAGAGAAAACCCUCUCCAAAUAAAACCCAUAGUCACCUGUCCCCAUCAUCACCUAUGUCACAUGACAGCCAGAACCAACUCAGAGCAGUGGUCAACAACCCUGGUCCUGGAGACCAAUAAGGCAUGCAGGGUUUUGUUCCAGGUCAGCACUUUCACACCUGAUUUAACUGAUUAAUACCUUUGAUGACUAGGCAAAUGGUUGAUUCAGGGUUGUUUUAGUGCUGGAACAAAAGCCUGGAUAUGCUUUAACUCUCCAGAACGAGGUUUGUUGUCCACGGCUACAGAGGGACCAAACCCAACCGGGAGUCAUAAAAAAGUCCUGAAUUUGAAGAGUUCAGGCAAAACUCCGGGCCCCAGUCAUAAACCAUGUGUGGUAGUGACAGUUUGAUCACUGAAGAUGACUAGGGUUCUGUUUGUUGCCCCGCUCAGCCAGUCGUGGUGCUUUGUAGAAUACUAAACACACAUAGCUGUUUGUCCUGUUGCUAAGGAAUUAGCUCCUAGGCUUCCCAGUGUAUAAACAUUGCGGCAACUAAACAGAUCUUGUAUGAAUAAUUUAUACACACAAAUGGAUGUAGUAUAGCUGUUGUUGCAUAAUUCCACCUGUUUAAACAUUCUGAUGUUUUGAAGCUUUACUGGUUUAUCCUUGAUUUUGCCAAAUGUUUACAGACAGAUUGCAAUGACCUUACUUUUGUCUGCACUUUAAAUUAAAUGGAAGAUAAGAGUCCUUUUGGUGUUUUUUGUGGCAGAGUUCAAAUAAUGGUGGUGCUUAACUAAUAUUGAUACCCAUAUGUUCAAAAUAUUAACAGAUUUUUAGGGCGCGACCAAAGGUCAUUAUGCAAUUCGAUCCCUGCUUUGUGACCCAAAUGCUACUCGACAGAAAAACAAAUUAUUUUAAGACAAAAUAUUAUUGACAAAGUCAAAUCUCAAUGGUUAAUGCCAAAAGAUGCCUGAGCUGACUGUUCUUGACACUGGUAAAGUGAUAGCUGGUCGGUCUGGACUAAAUAAAAAACCUGUUGCUGAGCAGGAAAGAGACUUGGAUGCCUUGUGGCCUGGCUCAAGAUGGCAUCUUUGUUCAGUAUGAUUAGUCCAUCUUCAGCAUUUAGAGAGUGUCAUUUUCCAUCAGCUCUUUUUUAUUUAUUUAUUAUUCUCUGUCGUAUUAUACUAAGGUCCUUCAACUGUAUUAUGCUGCAUUCUGAAAACGUUUUGUGUACAGAGAUUAAAAUUAUAGAUAAA